AAUACAUCUAUCAAAAAAUACACACCGGUGAGCCGUAUCUAGAUAUUUGUACAUCACGACAUAGAAUUACGUUUGAGAACUGUGGAUAUUUGAAAGUUAUAAAAGGUAAACAAAUAACAGAUUGCACGAUACAUGAAAAAAAAAAAAGGAUUUAGAAUAUUAUAGAAAAAUAAUAACGUGAAGCUUAUCCUUUGAGACUUGGAUACGAUCUCCUUUUUUUGUGAAAUUAGUCUUCAGAAUAAUAAAAAAAGGAAAUAAUACACUAAGUGAAUCACAAACACAUAGAAUAUAAAGAUGGAAAAUAUUGAGAUAAAAGCAAGAAUUCAGGAUAUUGAUCGUGUUAUUUUAAAAGCCAAAGAGUUGAGUAAUAGUGAUGGACAAAUAAUAACGCAGCAUGAUGUUUUCUUUAACGCAACAAAAUCAAGAUUAAAAUUACGAAAAUUUGAGGAUGGUACCGCAGAAUUAAUUUCCUACAUGCGACCCAAUACAACAGGACCGAAAAUAUCUCUUUACAACAAAGCAUCCAUAUAUGCAGAUACUGUAAACUUAAUUGAACAUAUUUUGUCAAGUUCGAUUGGUGUGACAAGGGUUGUUAAAAAGACAAGACAUGUAUAUAUUGUUGGACGAACACGAAUACACAUUGAUAAUGUUGAUAAUUUGGGCAAUUUUAUAGAAUUAGAGGUAAUGAUGCGAUCAGACGAUAAGAAUAUAACGGAUUGCGACCGGGAAACCGCAGAGAAGAUUGCUGCUGAUCUUAUGAAAGCACUGUCAAUAAAAGAAGAAGAUUUAAUCGCGGAAGCGUACGUAGAUUUACUCAGUCGUGUAUGAUGAAUCUUACUUUCUGUACAGAUGUGAAAUAAUGAUUAAUUUAUAUUGAGUCAAAGGUAAAAAAGCAUAAAUGUAUUUUUCUUUUUUUUAUAAGAUUCAAUCAAUUUUAAUAAAUAAUUUUUAUAAAACCGAA